CGCACCACCAUCAAUUCUUUCUGGGUCGACAAAGCAAUCAUCAUUCCAAACGUAUUGUAACAAGUACGUACCAGUACCACAGUAUGGUACGGUAAUUUCUAAUCUCGAAAUGUUUCUUUGCCAACGAGAAACCAUGUUCGAUCGAUCCACCAUGCUUGUCGGAUAGGCAGUACCAAUGGAAUCAAAUCAACAGAAGAGGGGGAUUCGUCGACCACAAACAAGCGAUGGUUCAAGGAAAUCGAAAACCCGAGAUCUCUGACUCGGAGCCAUCGAAGAGGAGGAGCGGAAAGAAAGCAAGGUAUUCAAAGAACAAAAAGAGGGAGCUCAAAGAACAAAGCAGGCUACAGGAAGAAGAAGAAGCUGCCGCCAGACGAGAACAGCGGAGGAACAAACGGAAACGAAAACAAAUCGUGAAACAAAAACGGCCGCGACAGGACUAUAUCGAUAUAAUACUAAAAUGUGCCGAUCAAUCCCUGUUCACAAACUCGGUUGUUGUCGACAAUCGCAUCGAGACCAUCGAACGCGUCGGUACGGGCAGCAGCAGUAGCAGCAGCGACGAGACGUUGUUGAAGGCCGCCAUCGGAGAAAGUGACGAGUGCGGGACAAGUGAACUCGUCGUCCGGAUCGUUUCGGGGUGCAACCUUUCGAAUGGGACCAAAGAAUCCUCCUCGUCCCCCUCCUCCGAGACGGGACGACCCCCGAAAGCACCGCUUUCUCCGCACGACGGAACCGCCGUGCCGGCAUCGAUCGUCGCCAGGCUGGAGACCACCGUCCGCGUCCAGCCCCUCCUUGUCCUCGACCUGAACGGGAUUCUCUGCCACCGCGAUCGCUUGCGCAAACGCCCGCAGGGCCUCACCGGAGAGGCCCUGCGUCCCUCGGUGGGAUCGGUGGCCCAGACCCCGGUCAUUCCCCGGUCCGAUUUGCUGCCAUUCCUGCGCUUCCUGGACCGGAAUUUUUGCCUGGCGGUGUGGACGUCGGCCAAGCCCAAGACGGCGAAGCUCUUGCUGAAUGCCCUGCUCUCGCCGCCGUUGCUGCCCGGGGAGAACAGCAGCAGCAGCAACAACAACAACAACAACGGAGAGGACAUUCGAAACAAGUUUUUAUUUGUCUGGAGCCAGAACCAAUGCACCGCUGUGAGGUCCGCCUCAGGCGAAAAAAGAAAUGACGAUUUGAGCAACAAGGCAGGGAAUAGAAAUGACGAUGAUGCACGGCAUGACGACAGCGUUGUCUAUGAAAAACACCUGCCCAAGAUAUGGAAGUCCUUUCCCCUGUGGUCCGCCAGCAACACGCUCUUGAUGGACGACUCGCCAGAAAAAUGCCCCCUCGCCGUAUCCAAUGCCGUUCACCCACCUCCCUUGCACGGGAGAAAGAGGGGGUCGGCGUCGUCGCUUCUGUCGGACGAAGAGAACGCAGAAACGCAGGCCGAGUUCUUUCGAAAACUGGUGCGGUUCUGGAACGACCAAUCCCACACGUCGCCGCCGUGGACGGCCACCGCAGACGGUACCACGAAAUUCGCAGGAGACGACGGUGCGAUGAGAAACAGCAGCAGCUACAGCUGCAACGAAGAGUAUUAUCGGUUUCUGGAAAAACACGCAAAGGGGCACAUGGGAUGGCGGCCGUCGACGACAAACACUGGAGAUGCCUAGUGAGCCGAAGGAACUAUUUUUUG